AUGCAAAAAGAAAUCAACUGUGAAAUAUCCUGAAUUUAUUCUUAAAUUAUCAGAACGAAGAGAAUAGGAAUAAAUAAAAGAAAGCUUGUUUAUCGAGACUAGGAAAAGGGAACGUUAAAAGGCAGAAGCUUAUUGUUUGCAGUGAGACACGUCUUGUUGGUCGAUUUUGCAACUAAAAUUAAAGUUUACUUAACGAACUCUGUAAAAGUCAUGAAUCUUAAAGGAAUGGAGACAACAAUUCAGUACCAUUCGAUUCCUCUUCUGCUACCAGCUUUGACACUUUUGCUUUUCGUGACUCUUGUAACUGCCGGAGAACCAACGAAUAGAGAAGGUCACUUCAAAAAAACCACAACAUCAAAAUGCUUAAUUGAUGAGAAUAAAACUACAAAAACCGCGUCAUCUCGUUUAGAAUGUGCGAGUCUGUGUCUUUCACGCGAUGAGUGUCAAUAUUUUAGCUAUUGUAAUGGCCCGUGUUAUAUGCAUCGAUCGCUUUACAACGAAGAAAUUAAAGAUCAGGAUUGCACAUGUUUAUCGUAUGUUUUACUCUCCGGAAACAGUAAAAGCUGGCAGAAAGUAUUUGAGAUGACCAAAACCUCAUUUAAGAAAAGCCCUAUUUAUUUGUACUGGGACAAUUUGCCUAUUGAAAAGGUGGAAUUUCGGUUGAAAAAACCAUCAGAUGAUGACGUAUUCAUUUUCCGUGGAACAGGGACGAAUUCUACAUCAUGGUUCCAGAAAGAUAAAAUAAUUGUACAGCAAUGGCAUACAGUAAUGGUGACAUUCAAUGCGAAGUUUGACAAAAAGAUCGAUGAGGGUACAAUUGAUUUUGUGUGGGAUUACAUUUAA